AUGUAUAUAGCAGCCAACGACGCCACACAAUCCAUGGCCGAAAACGAUGCCGGCACCGGAAUCCUCGCCAAACAGCGCCUCGCCCGCCCCGUCUCCCCCCACCUCAGCAUCUACCGUCCGCAAAUCACCUGGUAUGGCAGCAUCAUAAACCGCAUCACCGGCUCCCUCAUGUCCGGCGCCUUCUACCUCUUCGGCGCCGCAUACCUCGUAGCACCCGUCAUGGGCUGGCACCUCGAGAGUGCGGUGCUCGCUGCCUCUUUCGCGACAUGGCCGGUCAUACUUCAAUUCUUGACCAAGACGGUGUUUGCGUGGCAGUUUACUUAUCACACUUUUAACGGGGUGAGGCAUUUGGUGUGGGAUACGGCGAGUGCGAUUAGCAACAAGGCUGUCAAUCAGAGUGGGUGGUUUGUGGUGGGGUUGAGCACAGUCUCCGCGGUUGCUUUGGCACUUCUGUGA